UUUGAUGCGCCACUGGGACGUAAACGGCCUCCUCCGGCGUCUGUCUCACGUGCGCGCUACUGUCAAUCAAUUCAGCGCGUCCCGGAUCUCACUCACAGGUGAUUUCCAUUAGCCCGCAUCAUAUGCUGUCAGGUGUGGCGUGCCGGGGAUCCAACAACCCGUUUCCCUUGCUGUGAGAGAUAUUUUUGAGGUGGUCGUUUUAGCAGGCUGCGGUCGGAAUUUGCAGAUGCCAUGUUUGAGCAGUGAGCAUGGCGGAAAAUCAUCUGGAGUACGGCUACCUGGAGGGCGACCCCAUCGGGGAGCAUUUCGCCGAGGACCCGGAGCUGACGGCCAUCAAGGCCAGGGUUCAGGAGCUGGAGAUGGAAGAAGAGACGGAACGACUGAGAGAGGAGGAGGAGAGGUGUGAUGCAGGAGAGAUGCUCCUGACCAGCAGCCCUCGACCUGUACCUUUCUACAACAUGACUCCGGAAGAGAGGAUAGACGCAGACAACAGAUCAGUCUAUGUUGGAAAUGUAGACUAUGGAGCUACGGCAGAUGAGUUGGAGAUCCAUUUCAACGGCUGUGGUCCUGUCAACAGAGUUACCAUCCUGUGUGACAGGUUCUCCGGCCAUCCCAAGGGCUUUGCUUACAUCGAGUUCUCUGAUCGAGACUCUGUGAAUAGCGCUAUUGGUUUGCAUGAGACCCUGUUCAGAGGAAGAGUCCUUAAGGUCAUGCCCAAGAGGACCAACAUGCCAGGUAUCAGCACCACAGACAGGGGAGGACACAGAGGUGGCCACUCCAGAGGCAGAGGCCGUGGUUACCGUCCACCCCGAUACCAGAGCAGCUGUCGAGGCAGGUUCCGGUACCAGUCAACCAGGCCACAACAUCAAACACCUCACCCUUACUACGGAGGCCCCUCAGUGGGAAAGAGACAGUGGGGGCACAUGGACUACCAAGAACAGAUGCCUAAACGUUACCCAUGUCUUCUUCUCAUCACCCCACCGUCAGAGGAGUUGGGGGCAGGGUCGAGUGGACAGCACUACCCUCAGCAGCGUUAGCGCUAACCACGGCGUACAUACUUAAGUGGGCGAAAAGAGAACGGAUCCUUUUUUUAAAAGACGUGUUUCCAGGCAUUUCUAAGUUGAGUAUCUUGUAAGAACCAGGGUGGACAGCAGAGAAGACUUUGCAUCCCUUCAUCAGUCAUUCAAGUAGGUGACGUGAAGAAUGAAGACUCAGACGACAGUGUUUUUCAUUAUGAGCUUAUAUUGCUGUGAAUGCAUGGGACAAUCUUCAAAUUGUGUUGUUUGCGUCUCUUACCACUUUUAAAAACUGAUGCGAAUUGUUUUGCUGCCUGCAAUGUUGUGUAUAAAUCCUCCCUAUGUGUAACUUAUAAGUUCUUUGCUAUGUAAGUGAAUGAAUAAAUAAAACGAUGAUCCCGUG